UCCUCCUCCUCCUCCUCCUCCUCCUCCUCCUCCUCUUCUCUUCCUCCUCCUGCCGCUCCUCCUCGAUCCCCGCGCGGGGCACCAUAGGCGGCUCAGGCGCCAAGAUGUCCACCCGACUGGUCUGCCGGGAAGCCAGUCACGCCGGCAGCUGGUACACCGCCUCAGGACCUCAGCUGAAUGCACAACUGGAAGGUUGGCUUUCACAAGUACAGUCCACAAAAAGACCUGCCAGAGCCAUUAUUGCACCCCAUGCAGGAUAUACUUACUGUGGGUCAUGCGCAGCCCAUGCAUAUAAACAAGUGGAUCCUUCUAUUACCCGGAGAAUUUUCAUCCUUGGGCCUUCCCAUCAUGUGCCCCUCUCUCGAUGUGCACUUUCCAGUGUGGAUAUAUAUAGAACACCUCUGUAUGACCUUCGUAUUGAUCAAAAGAUAUAUGGAGAAUUAUGGAAGACGGGAAUGUUUGAGCGUAUGUCUCUCCAGACAGAUGAAGAUGAACAUAGUAUUGAAAUGCAUUUGCCUUACACUGCUAAAGCCAUGGAAAGCCAUAAGGAUGAGUUUACCAUUAUUCCUGUGUUGGUGGGAGCUCUGAGCGAAUCAAAAGAACAGGAGUUUGGAAAACUCUUCAGUAAAUACCUAGCAGAUCCUAGUAACCUUUUUGUGAUUUCUUCUGAUUUCUGUCAUUGGGGUCAAAGGUUCCGUUACAGUUACUAUGAUGAAUCCCAGGGGGAGAUUUAUAGAUCCAUUGAGCACCUAGAUAAAAUGGGCAUGAAUAUUAUAGAACAGCUAGAUCCAGUAUCUUUUAGUAAUUACUUGAAGAAAUACCAUAAUACAAUAUGUGGAAGACAUCCAAUUGGGGUGUUACUAAAUGCCAUCACCGAGCUCCAGAAGAACGGAGUGAAUAUGAGCUUCUCCUUUUUGAAUUAUGCCCAGUCGAGCCAGUGUAGAAACUGGCAAGACAGUUCAGUGAGUUAUGCUGCCGGAGCACUCACGGUCCACUGAACAUCUGAAUGACUACUCAGGGAGUCACCUGCCCACACACACACGCUUUCUCUAUGGGGUCCCGGCUUAGCCCUUACAAAGAUACUGUUCCUGGUCUUUGGGUGGACUGAAACCUCAAAACUAAUAGAACUCUUUUUCUCUUCUUUUCUAGUAGGUGUAGUCCUUCCUUAAUCUCCACUCAUUAUAAAAUGCUUUCUUGUUUAGGACAAUGGAAGGAAGGCUGGCAUCAGAAUAUUUUGCGAUUUAAAGAGGUGGAAAUGGGUGUUAGAGGCUUGGUGUCAGACUGUCCUUCAAAUGCAACAUGUAAAGCAUUUACCAUAUCCUAAAUUUGCACUCUUUGCAGACCUGUGCACAUGUACUCAGCUUUCAGAAUAGUUUUGCAAACUGUAAACAAAAAAAGGUGGGGUGGAAGCUUUUUAAUAAAAAAAGAAAUUGCAUUUAUAAACGAUCCUGUAUUAGAAUAUAAUAAAUCUCCAGUAUAGUCGAUUACUACCCGUGUUGUACAACAAAUACCUUCUAUUUUAGUUGCUAAUAAAGGGCUACACAACUCAAAAUAGUCUGAUUAAAAUUAUUGCUGUGUGUGACCUAUGUAAAAUGCUUCUCACCUGCAAAUGAUGUUCAGUAUAGAAAGCAUCAGCUCUUCUGUAAUAAUAAUUUAGAAUGUAUUUUGUGUUUACACAUGUCACAAGUUGGUUUAUGCUGUAAUUUGUUUACAAGUUAGAGUUUUUCAAGAAAUAUAUUUGUUGAAGUUGCCUUUUGGUGGAUGACACCAGUUUGCAUGUCAAAGUAUGAUGUUUCAGUUGGUUGGAAAUUCGAAGUGAAUGUAAUACUUCAGCCACAAAGAUUGUGAUCGGGAGAGAUUAGUCUGUGAAUUAGGUAACACUGAAAAAUGCUGUAGUCCUUUUAGUUAAUGCAGACGGUCCACGUAAGUCUUGUUAAGGAAUUUUUCUAAAUGAAGAGAUUUUCUUGGACUUGGAUUCUUCCAUUUUUUAUUUUUUUUUAAAGAGCCAUCUUCUCUUGAUUUCCUGAAGCAUCAUUGCAUUUUGUGAAUUUUGUUGAACUAAAAUAAUGGUGUGGUGCUUUCUCAUUUCAAUUUACUGUCCUUAUACAUUUGUUGAAAAAUGUAGUUAGUUUUGAGAGCUGUCUCUCCGGCACAGUCGCAUGUCCAGAUUACAUUGAUAUACGUAUUUUACAUAGUCUUGGUCACGUAUAGCAGCUAAUAGCUGAAUAAUACGAUUUCUAGGUGCCUCUUAGAGUUUUUGACUUCCUGGCUCCGACCUUAUUCAGAAUUUUGGCCUUAUCUUAAAUAUCAACUUUCUUUAGCCAAAGAUUGAUUUAAACAUUUUUAUCUUAAAUGAUAAAAAAAUCCUAUAACGUGUGGAAAUUGUACUAUUAAAAUUGUAAUAAGUUCCUA